AUGCAAGAAAUUCCACGCAUACUUCCUUUGAGGUUAUCCUUAGAUUCGGGAUCCAAUGAAUCAAAGGAAGCACCUGAUGAUGACAAUGAAUAUAAUGGUGCCAAGGUAAGACCAUUGUUUAGAAGACAAUUGCCUGCAUGCCUUCCUUCACACAAGUCAAGUACGGCAGACUCAGAGAAAACCUUUACAACUCCUUUCGAAAAGGACAAUGAAGGACAGCAGAAAGGAGGCAAGAAGAGAACCGUGACUCUACUCGUCAUUUUGUCUAUUGUUGCACUGAUUCUCUUAGCUAAGUACCUAUUCACACCAAUAAAAAAUAUUCUCCCAGAAUCUGGUCUCGGAAAUAAUUCGCAAAACAAUCAGAGCAACGUAACAGCAGCUACGAAUAAAUCAGAAGCCAAUGUAAAUAUCCAGAGACUUCUGCGAUCGCUCCAAUCACCAAUCUUAAAUGUGCACUUCGUCGGAAACGAUGCAAUCGUCUACGAAGACAUCCACGAAGGACUUAAGCUAUUGUCACUAAACAAAAUGAAGUCUGAACCUUUGCUUCACUUUCCUUCGUUCACGCCCAUUGAAGAACCUUCACACGACCUGCGAUAUUUUGCCUUCCUUGAACGGACCUCUAACCACAUCAGCACAAAAUUCAAUGCCACAUACAAGAUCUUGAUCCUCGACAGAUACAAAUAUAAUACUCUUGACAGAGAGUAUCAUGGGUCCUCAUCUAAAGAAUCAAUAAAAGGACUGAUGUAUAAAGUAGGCACUGCGAAAACAGACGACGAAGCGCAACGUUUCUUCAAGUGGAACCCCGUCGGCAACGAUUAUAUUUUCUGGCAAGAUGGUCAUCUUUACUACUCAGAGAAUCCCGAAUCAGCUACAUCAGUUCGGAUCAGUAGUGGAGGACCGAAUUGGGAACAUGGAAUCUUUGACUGGAUGUAUGAAGAAGAAAUUUUUGGUCGUGGCUCUAAGGCAGUUUGGUGGUCUAAGAAAGGCAAGAAAUUGGCUUUUCUCAGUCGAGAAAAAACGAAAGAAAAGUCGGUGAUGAUGAUCGGCUACACAGAAGGGGAACAAUAUCCAAGUGUGGUAGAACUACCGUAUCCAAAAACUCACGAGGAGCGUUUACCAACCUACAUUAUUAAUGUAUGGGAUAAAAAUACCGGCAAAGUGAAUCAGAUGGAUGUGGAACUGCGGAACAACACAGCAUUUCACUACCUUUAUGGAGUGAAGUGGGUAGUGAUGCAAGGGGAAGAAUUACUUGUUGCUAUUUGGGCAAAUAGACUCCAAACGGAGGUCUCCGUCACCAUUUGCGACUACACAUCGGGAAUUUGCAACCUGGUUUUCGAGUACAAGUAUCCUGGCAGGACAUGGGCAGAACCGAGUGACUUUUCAUCAAUUUUAAACAGUGACGAUGCUAUUUAUAUGCUUUUUCCACAAGCCAGAGCAGAUGGAAACAGUUACCAGCACAUCGCAAAGCUGACCGUCAUGAGAGAUCCUGCGAAAAGAAAGGAUGUGAAGUGGACUAAGUCAUCGUUCCUUUCAUUAGGGAAUUUUGAUGUCGUUCAGUUGGAAGCCUACGAUAAAAAUGAAGACAUGAUAUAUUUCACAGCCCUAGCGCCUUCACCGAACAACCGUCAUCUAUAUUCAACGAAAGGCUCACCGACAACAGCUGACUCGUGGACAUGUGUAUCCUGCAAGUUUUCCAACUGUACUUACCAAUUCAACCAUUUGAGUUCUAACUUCAAGCGCAUUCUUACAUUUUGCAAGGGACCUGCACAUCCACAUUGCUAUCUCGGUGAACUGGUGGGAGGGAAAGCUGUGAACUUGGUGGAAAUCCUAAAAGAUGAAGAUUACGAGAAGCGACUAGCUUACAUUAGAUUACCAUCAGUUAUUAGCGAUACGGUUCCGCUGGCGGAAGGAUACGAAGCCCAUGUGAAGAUCUCACUUCCACCUGACCAAUCAAUUCGAUCCGGAUCCCGAUCGUUACCUGUGAUGCUGAAGGUUUAUGCUGGACCUGGUUCACAAAUUGCCGACGAUAGAUUUACGAUGGGAUUCGAAGAAUUCCUGAUCAUCUCUCGAAAUUUUGCAGUGGUUAACAUAGAUGGUCGUGGAUCGAACGGCCGUGGAUGGAAGUAUCGGAGUCCCAUAUAUGGCGCAUUAGGCACCGUGGAAAUAGAGGACCAAAUCGAAGGCAUUCGACAGGUGAUAAAAAAGUACCCUUUCCUUGAUGACCGCCGUGUAUCGGUUUUUGGCUGGUCCUAUGGAGGAUAUGCAGCAGCAUUGAUAUCCGAAAGAGCCAAUACAUCAUUCUUUAAAUGUGCCAUUUCGGUCGCUCCGGUCGCUAACUUCCUGUAUUACGACGCAGCGUACUCGGAAAGAUACAUGGGAAGUGCUGACAAGUCCGCCUACAAUGCUGGAGACAUUACUAACGACGUGUCAAAUUUCGAGAAAACUCGCCUGUUAUUGAUCCAUGGAAUGUAUGAUGACAACGUCCACUUCCAAAACAGUGCCCUAUUCAUAAUUAAGUUGCUACGCAAUGGCAUCAAGCAUUUUGAUGUUAUGGUCUAUCCAAAUCAAGACCAUGCAAUUAGACGGCGGAAACACUUGUACAGGACAAUGACCUCAUUUCUAGAUCGACGCUGCCUUUAG